AUGGGCAUGAACGAUCGCGAGACAGUAGCUCUCAUUGGUGGUGGACACGCUAUUGGGAAGGCACACGGUGCCUGUCUGACUGGUCCUGGUUCGUCUCCGCUCGAGGAUCCUGGGAACCCAUGGCCCGGAACCUGUGGCGAAGGCGAGAUGAAGGGCAAGGGAACAACACGUUCACUAGUGGAUUCGAGGGUGCGUGGACGUCCACCCCGACCAAAUGGAGCAAUGAGUACUUCAAGAGCCUCACGCAAUUGA